GGCUGUUGUUCCUGGGGCAGAUACAAGAUGGCUUUGCUUUUAGCACUGUUGGUGUCCCUGCCUGCCUUCGUCACUGUGGGUGAUGCACAGAUGUUUCCUGCUGGUACCAAGGAGACCUGUAUGUGUGUACAAGGGGAUUGUCCUGACACCUGGUUCCAGUACAAAGAUGCCUGCUAUAAACCAGUGAUGACCAAAAUGACCUGGCCCAAUGCAGAGGCCCACUGUCAAGAUCAUUUCAAUGGAGCUCACCUGGCCUCUGUCCAUACCCAAGAGGAAAAUCAGUUCAUUUUCACCUUGAUGGGAAAACCAAAUGAUUACAGAAAGGGACAGGCAUACUGGAUCGGAGCCCAUGACACAUUUAAGGAAGGCAAGUUUAUGUGGACUGAUGGGACAGAUAUGGAUUUCCGAAGAUUUGGUCAAGGACGGCCAAAUGGUCUUCCAGGCGAGCACUAUGUGGGUUCAUGUAUCAUUCAGAAUGGUGAUGUUACCUGGAAUGACUACGGACUAUCCUCCAGUUAUCCUUUUAUCUGCAAGCAAAAGUUAAAGAAAAGCAGUAGAUGUUCUGCUGACUCUCCGUGUGAAGGAUGCACUGUACUACGUGAACCUAUGCGAGGAAUGGGUGCGACUCAGUAAAUUCAUAUCCUUACGCUGACAGAGAAAUACACAGUGCCAGCCUGGUGUUCUCAACAUUUAGAUGUCAAAGCAGGUCAAACAGCAUCAAGUUUCUCCAGUAUCACAACUAAUGUUUUUUUUUUUUUGUUUUCUUGAGCACAUU